AUGCAAAUUUUGAGGGAAGAUACUGGACAUAUUCCAUAUUUGUUGGAAUGUGGACAUAUGUUUUGCCUUGCUUGUUUGAAAAAAGUUCUCAAAGACAAGAUGUACCUGGCUUGCUACACAUGUCAUCACGAAUUAUGUGUCUUGAAUGUAAAAAUUGCGAAGCAGAGUGUAGAUGUAAGACUUGCGUUGUUCCCUUGUGCAACGACUGUUUCAACAAAAUUUGUUUUAUUCUCAGUGAUGGUGUCUACAGCAAUUAAAAAUAGGGCAGUGAGACAAGUAAAUGUAAGCAAGGUGCAUUUAUCAUCGAAAGUUCUAAACAAACAUAAGAAAAUUUUAUUGAAUAAUGACUCUUUUGCUUCAACGGACAGAUCAAAUUACGUAUUAGAUAACGUCAGUUCAGAACUAUGCUCCCUCCACAACAAUCCCAUCAUGUUUUAUUGCAAAGAUGACGAUACUAAUAUUUGUAACACGUGUCUUGAAUUAACGCAUAAAGAUCAUAAUUUAAUGGCAAUCCAGGAUAAGAUAAAAGAUUCUUUAUCAAAACUUAGUGCAUUAGAACAAAAAGUCCGACAUAACCUUGAAUUAAAUAAAAUGGCUAAAAAGGAUAUACAAAAAACUUCCAAACUCUUGUCUGAUUUGGUGAAAGAUUUAUCAUCAGAUCUACAGAGGAAAUUUCUUUAUUAUCAUUCAUUACUACAAUGCAGAGAAAGACAAUUAAAAAACGAACUUAAAUCCUGGUACAAGGUUCAUUCCGAAUACCUUACGGAUCAGGAGAGUUCAAUCACGGAACACAUUGCUAGUGCUGAAUUGACUAUUGAUGAGGUUUGCAAAAUUGUAGAAGACCGCCCAAAUGAAGGAAUUGAUUUUGAUACUAUUUUUACACGACUUGAAGAAAUCAAUGAUUUUUCUUUUCAUUUGAAGACUGAGUUUGUUGAUUACAUAAAGAGAUGCUCCGUGGUUAAUGACGAACACUUACAUAAAGUGAUAAACAAUUUAAAGAUUGAAUUGGUCCUUAACAAUGCUUCAUCGACAGCCUCCUUCCCAAUUUCACAAAUUUCAUUCCUCAAUACCGAUUUUUCCGGCAACAAGCUUUCCAGUCCAUCAGAUGUAAAGAAAGAUGUGAAAGUUUUGGUGACUUGUGUAAAUGAUCCAGGACACUUCUACAUUCAAACCACUCUGCACCACAAUAGAUUGAAAAUUUUGGAUGAAAAAAUUAAAUCUUACUGCGAGCAAUUCUUGAGCAUUGCAAACAGAAGCGUAAACUCAUCUGACUAUAAAAUAAAUGAUAUCGUUCUAUCCAAGUUUUCACUGGAAGAUAAAUGGUGCAGAGCUGUUAUAGUGGGAAUUAAUAUUGCUGAUGAUGUCAAUAAAGAAAUCAAAAAUGAGAAUGGCGACACAUUGAAUGAAUGUACCACUGAAUCGAUCGUGCUUGAAGAACCAGGCUCUCGUUCAACAGACUCAUCACUUGAUACAGUUACACUGCGUUUCAUAGAUUACGGCAAUGUUGAAACUGUUACUUGUGAAAAGCUUUUAAAAUGUGAGCAUUGUGUGCAGUGUGGAGAGGCGAAAAGAGAAAAGAAGAUUUGUGUUGGAAAUAUUGGUGAGAUCUACGUCAUCAUGGCUCCUGCGGAAUUUCAUUUUCCAAAAGGAUAUGCCCAAAAAUGUUGUUUGUCUGAUGUCGUGCCUCUAGGAGAUCGGUGGUCUGAGGAAGCAAUUGAAGCAUUCACGAAGAUGGAAUAUAAAAAUGAAGAAAGUGAGGUGGCACAUGUAGAUCUCAUUGAACAAAGUUUGGAAGGAUUUCUAGUCAGCUGCCGAGCCUCAGUCAGAGACAUGCUGAUCAGUUUGCAAGUACUUUACCAAGAAAUAAUUUUGUGCCAGACGGAAGUAUCAUUGAUUCUUUCAUUUCUCACGUUGAAUCUCCAAGCAAGCUCUUCAUCCAGUUUAGACUUGAUACACAUCGAAUCUUUGCUUUGGAUAGAAUGGGAUUUCUUGCACUUGAUGCAAGAUGUGAAGGAUUUUUUUUUAACAAUGGUGGAUGAAAUGGACGAUUUCUAUAACAACGAUGUUUCCGAUGUUUAUUCCUUCAUUCCUGUUGCUAUAGGAGAAUUGUGCGUUGCGAAGUAUUCUGUAGAUAGCAAGUGGUACCGCGCUCGGGUCAUAAAAAUCGUUCGGCCUGCUCAAGUUGAAGUCAUAUACAUAGAUUACGGGAAUUUGGAGGUUAUAUCAACUUGGAAUGUUAAAAAGAUCAAAGAAUCUUUUUGUCUACUACCUCCUCAGGCGUUUGAAUGUUCAUUGGCCGGCCUCAGUCCUAAAUCAGACGAUGGUGAAUCAGACUGGCGAGCGGAGGCCACUGAAUUUUUGAAUGGACUGAAAGAAGAUUUCUAUCAGUGUCUGGUUGUCGGCCGGGAAAAGGAGAAACUGUCGAUAUAUUUGCUGGCGUCUGAUUCCUCCUUAGUUAAUGAAACGCUGGCUUUUCGAGGAUGGGCUUCGAAGAUGUUUGAUGCGGCUUUCAAAACAGCCAGAGUUCAACAGAUUUUGUAUGAAUAUUAUUUGUAUGGAUGGAAUAAAUUAAUCAAUUAUACUAAACAGAAAAAGGUCAGGGAAGCUACAUUAGAAGUUGAUGUGGUGCACAUCGUCUCACCUGGGUUGUUUUAUGUUCGUUUUCCACAGCAGACUAAAGACCUUACCAAAUUCAUUUCUGAACUGAAUGAAUUUGUUCGCAUCUCUGGUUUAAAGCAAAACUGCACACCCUAUGCAUCGGUGAAUGAAUUGGAAGAAAAAGAUUCGCUGAAUCAAUCACCUCUUUCUCCAAGUGAAGAAAAAUCUUCAGUUGAUUCAUCUCGGUGCCGUGCGUGUGGCGACGUCUGUCUUGUUUACGAUUCCAUUUUGCAAAAUUAUAUGAGGGGUGUCAUUAGCAAAGUUGACCUGUCCACGCAAACGGCCACGGUACAUAUGAUGGAUCAUGGCUCAUCACAAAGAGUUGCAAUAUCUUCAAUAAUGACUCUACCUGAUCGUCUAAGAAAUAAGCCAGCAUUGGUGACGAAGUGCCAUUUGUUCAAUGUCGUGCCAGCCGGUGGAGGUCGCGAAUGGUCGCAAAUCUCAACCGAAUCCUUCAGUAAGCUAUCCCAUAAAACUGGAGUAUCUUGUCCCUUUUCUUCAAGACCACUUUUUGAACUUUGUAUUUUGGCGAGGGAGAGAUUAUUAGCAGAGAUUCAUAUAACGUUGCAUGAACAUAUACAGUACAUUCGUGUAAACAUUAAUGUAUACUCCGGCCAAGCACAUAAGCUGACAUGUGAAUUGCAGUUAUUUAAUGAUGAUGAAUGGUCGUCAGAACUGAGCGAUUCAUUGCCAGUUGAUCUAUCUUACAAAGAUCCAACUCCCGGUUCCUCUGGAGAGAGUCGCUUAAUGUUGUCGGAAUAUCUUCUAAUGAUUGGAUUGGCAUUAAAAUUAAAAAAUUCUUCAGUAGUUGAUGAUGAUCAAAGGCUUGAGAGUAAAUCGAAUGUCAAAUCUCUAACAGCCUCUGACCCAUCUGCAAACGAUAUUGAACUUGCACCACAGACUCAAGAGUUAUCGAUUAACGAACAAGUGAAUUGUAAAGAAUCCUGUGUUGAUAACAAUUCUAAGAUGAAAGUGCAUUUGAAAUCGAAAAAUAGAAAAUGUUGGGGGGAUAGUGAAGAAGACGAUGAGAAAGAAGACGUCGAUGAUUUUGUAGCUGUUAUGUGUGAUGAUGGUUCACUGGUUGAUGCCAAAGAAACUGAACUCUCCACAGAAAUGCAGGAUGUCGUUGUGGAUGAAAACUAUCCACCUCCGACCGCUCUUGUUGGAGAAGAAAUAACUGUCUCAUUCACCCAUUUAGAUGAUGAAGGAACGUUCCAUUUCCAGGCUUAUUCGUCCGAUCCAAGCGUUCAAAACAGCAUGCAAAUCGAAGUGGACAAUAGGUGCAAUCUAACGAGAACAACUCAAAAGGUUUGGAAGACUGGUCAGUUGGUUUCAUGCCUCUACAAAUCAGAUGGCUAUUUUUACAGGGGUAAAAUAUUAAAAGCUUACAAUCAGAAGUUAAUAGCAAAGGUUCUCUUCGUUGACUAUGGAAAUAUAGAAUUUGUUGAUUACUGUGACAUCAGUCAUCCAUUAUUUACUGAUUUCCCUGUACUGAGCUACAAAUGUCAGUUGAACAAUUACAUUUGGAAGAAAGUGGAUAAAUCGGUUAAUUCAAAGCUAAUAGACUUGACCUCUUUAAUAAUAUACAACAACGGUAAUGAUCUGCUUCUCCACAUAAAGGAUCGGUCCAAAGAAAAAUCGGAUAAUUUGUACGUGGCCGAUGUAUUUCUCGGGGGAAAUAUUCCGUUAGUUCCAAUAGUGGAGUGUGCAGAACAACUGUUAGAUUCAAAUAAACAAAUUAGCAUUGAACAACUUCUGUCUCAUCCGCUGCUCUGUCAUCGGCUACAUCAGCCACAUGAUUUUCAACAGCCGUCAGCAAAUCAGAGGCGUCAAGCAUUGCUGGUCACUCCUUCGCCAUCAACGUCUUUUCAUCAUUCUACGUUAUUAGACUCGGAUAAAUGCACAAAAUUAAAAAACAUUGACACCUCUUAUGUCAAAACUUUCAUGGACAAAUUAAAAAAUAUUGACCCACGAAAUGCCUCUGGUCCGGUGACAGAUGAUUUAAAAGAAGAUUUUGAUGCUGGCUCCUCUGAAGCAUCUAAACUAAUGAAAGCCCAACGUCCAAAAGGAUCAAAUGUAAUUGCUGCAAAAAAGAACGUAAAAUGUUUCCAUUCAAAGUUGAAUAAAGGUAAGGCUGAUGCUGGUCAGAGUUCUGAGGGCAGAGAAAAUGCGAAGCCUCAAAUUUCGAUGAUAUUAAAAAAGAAGCCAAACGAAAUUCGCGAAAAUGUGUUAAUAUAUCCUGAGCCUCCAUCUCUGCAGAAGGGAGAUGUCAUCACCUGUGUCGUUACCUGCACCUUGAAUGAAUCCGAAAUUUACAUUCAGAGAAUUUUGGCCCAAAUAAACAAUCCCUCGGACGAAAUAUGGAAAACUGUGAUUAUGAUGCAUUCGCAAAUGGAGAGAGAUCACCAGCAACAUUAUGCUGAUUAUAAACUGCUCAACAUCGCUGAAACUAAAAAAGGUUCGCCAUGUUUAGUGAAAAGCCACAAAGACAACAGGUGGUAUCGUGGCUUGAUUCUUGAUAGCUUUCAAUCGUAUGAUAAAUAUUCCUGCUAUGUCAAACUUAUAGAUUUUGGACAGGUUGAAAAAGUUCAUGAUUGUGGAAGGUUCCGAGAGCUUCCUGUUGAGCAUUACGCAUUUCCACGUCUCUCCAUAAAGUGUACAGUUAAUUUUCAACACUUGAAAAAUGACCUCAACAUUAAAAAUAUUGAACAACUUAAAAGCAAGAUUUAUUCUGCUUACAUCAACGAUCACCAGGAGAAUGGAGAUUAUCUUGUGCAUCUUCGCUAUCUAUAAAUUCGUUUUACACGUUAUUGACACUGAACUAUGUGAACAGAAUUGGUACUCUGAAUAAUUAUUUUUAUAUUCAUGCAGAAUUUUAGAGAAGUUUUUUAUUUUUUUGCUAUGCUUUUAAAAAGCUGGUCCCACAUGCUACAUUUGAUUCUUCUUUUAAAGUAGAAAAUGUUUUAGCUACUUGAUUUAUUUUAACGAUACUUUAAAAUCUUAUAUGUCGCUGAAUCUGCGAAUGUAAACCAGUUGAAUGAAUGCAUUCAGUAAAACUUUCGAACUUGUCAACAUCUACCCGGAAUAAUAAACGGUUAGAAAGCUUAAA